UCCCACCUAUAAAUGCCACACCCCAUCCUCAACUUUCUUUACAACAGUGUCAAAAGUCUCUCUGAGAGUUGUAGUCCAGCAAAGAAUCCACGAUGGUGAUCAACACCAAACUUUCCUUUGCUUUCCUACUAUUCUCCCUCUUCUUUUUGUCUGUAACUUUCUCUCUAGCUGUCGCCAACGUAGACCCGGAGCUCCAAUUGUGCAAGAGCCAGUGCAGGACCUAUCACGAAUUCAGCCAUCGGCAGAGGCGGGAGUGCGAGCAAAAGUGCGAGGAUUACCACGGACAGAAUCACGGAGAGGGUGAAGGAGAAGGUGGCGGCGGCAGUCGCAUUGUGCUGAACUCUAACACUGACCCCGAGAAGCAGCUCCAGCAAUGCCAGAAACAGUGCGAGCGCCAGAGGGAACAGCAGAAAGAGCAGUGCCGCCGACAGUGCCAAGACACUUAUGAGCGGCAACGUGGGGAGGAAGGUAAAGGAGGAGGAGGGCAGUCAGGAGAGAAGGACGAACAAGGCCGCCAGCAGGAGCAGGGGCAGGAGCAGGAGCAGGAGCAGGGGCAAGAGCAACAAGAGCAAAACCCUUAUGUGUUCCAGGACCAACACUAUACUGCAUCACUAGAGACCAACGAGGGCAGAAUCAAGAUCCUUCAGAGGUUCCACCAAAGGUCCCGGCUUCUCCGCGGCCUCAAGAACUACCGCUUCGUCUACCUUGAAGCCAACCCCCAAACCUUUGUGCUUCCAGCGCAUCUUGAUGCUGAGGCCGUGGUCUAUGUCGCUUCCGGACGAGGAACUCUCAGCCUGGUGUCCCAAGGUAAGAGGGAAAGCUUCAAUAUCAAACAGGGAGAUAUAGUGAGGAUCCGCGCAGGGACUACCAUUUACAUGAUCAACAGAGACAAAAAUAAGAAACUCAGAAUCGCCAAGCUGCUACAACCUGUUGCUCUUCCAGACGAAUUCCAGCCAUUUUAUGGCCCAGCUGGUGAGAACCCACAAUCAUUCUACAGGGCUUUCAGCGAAGAGUUACUUUCAUCUGCUUUGAAGGUUGAACAAGAUAGGGUGCAGAGGGUGAUUAAGCAACAGAAUAAGGGAGUCAUCGUCAAAGCUUCAGAACAACAGAUCCAGGCCUUGAGCCAACGCGAGGAAUCUGGAAUGUUUCCCUUCCCAUUCGGGUCAACAGAAUCCAAGAGAGUAUUCAAUCUUCUAAGCAAGGAACCCUCCAUUUCUAAUAGAUAUGGACGACUCCAUGAGGCUGAUGCCAAUGAAUUCCAGCAGCUACAAGAUAUGGACAUUGCAGUCUCUUAUUCUAACAUCACCAAAGGAUCAAUGGAAGGUCCCUUCUUCAACACAAGGGCUACUAAGAUAGCUGUGGUGGUUAAAGGUGAAGGGUACAUGGAGAUGGCUUGUCCCCAUGUCUCUCAGCAGCAGCAGGGCCAAGGACAAAGCACAGGUGAACAAAGGCGUGAGCAGCAGCAGCAGAGUGCGAGCCCACAUUACCAGAGACUAAGCUCACCUCUGAAACGUGGGAUGCUCUUCGUUGUCCCAGCAGGCCACCCCCUAAUCGUAGUCGCCGGAAACAACCGGAAUUUGGAGAUUGUGUGCUUUGAUGUGAAUGCUGAAAACAACAGGAGGGAGUCUCUUGCAGGUACUGAAUCAAAUGAACUAAACACCCACCAUUUCCACUCUUCCUCCUGCUCUUUCCACAAUCUUUUAAGUUCCUUUUCUUUGACAAAUUUCAGGGGACAAGAACAUAGUGAAUGCACUGGAGAAAGAGGCGAAGGAGCUGGCUUUCAGCAUCCCAGCAAGAGAGGUGGACGAGGUGUUCGCAAAACAGAAUGAAUGGUGGUUCUUCCCAGGGCCACGUGGAGGCCAUGCCUACGCCUGAGUUGGUGCUGGUGGGGUGUGGAGGCUUGAGUCAUGAGUGGGUUGGGUUUCCAUCCUUCUAUGUUGGAGGCGGCUUUAGUUUUGAGGGUUGUAUGAAGGAGUUUGCUUCUUCUCUCUUAUAUAUUAUCUAUGUAUAUUAAGACUCAGACUUGAGUGAUGUUCUGCUGUUCUGUAUGUAGAUGAGUGUAAAGCCCAACCACUUCCAUAAAUAAAUAAAUAGAGGCCCUACUCUCGGCCUUUCUUUUCCUAA